GGCGCGGCGGGGCCAUGCGCGGGGGCGGGUUUGAACCGUGGCGGGCGCUGCGAGCUGCCGGGCUGUGCCGCCAAUGGAGCCCGCGCUGAAAGGUAUUUCUGCCUUUGUAGAAGUUUGGUCAUCUAACAAAACAGAAAAUUACUCAAAAACCUUCGAACGGCAGCUUCUUGAUAUGGGAGCAAAAGUUUCAAAAACUUUGAACAAGCACGUGACCCAUGUAGUCUUCAAAGACGGACGUUUGACUACAUGGAAGAAAGCACAGGAGAUGGGUGUAAAAAUAGUUUCUGUACUCUGGGUGGAAAAGUGUCGAGAAACUGGAGUCCGUGUUGAUGAAUCCCUAUUUCCUGCAGUAGAUACUAAUGAAGGAUUUCUACUACCAAUCAAAAAACACAAAUGUAUGCAGCCAAAAGACUAUGUUGAAAAAACUCCAGAAAAUAAUAGAAAACUUCAAAGAAGACUGUACCAAAUGGCAAAAGAGUUAGCUCUACAAAAGACAGCAGUUAAUGCUGAUACAGAUGUACCAGUUUUAUUGUUUGAAGACAAUGGUUCACUUAGGUACAGCCCUGUCAAUAAGAUAAAAGAUCAAUGCAAUGAAAUGGAAAGAAGAAUAAAGGAUAUGAAGGAAAAAAGAGAGAAUCUUUCUCCUACUCGUUCACAGAUGACUCAAACACAUCCAAGUAGCUCACCAGGAGACUGCCCACUUCCUACUUGUAUCUUAACUAAUUCAGAAGAUGAGUUGCUACCUGAAGAACAAAUGGAAGACUGCUUGAACUCAAGUUGUGGUGAUCUUUGGAAAACUGAGACGUUAAAGAGGCAGAGAACAGAGGAUACUUGGACUGAUAUUCACGUGUCCAUGAGCACAUCAGGGAAUUCUCCAUCACAUGACAAUGAGGAGAAGAGACUAACACCAAAACGACAUGCCGGAAGUUUAACAGAGAAACAGAUUAUACAGCCCACUUUGGAUGACAGAUUGUCUUUAGGGAAAAAACAUUUAAAGUUUCCAAAGAAAAAUCAGAAGAACAAGAGCAAGACUACUUCAACUGCAAAUGAAAGCCCUCUUCUUGAGGGCUUUGGUCAUAUUACUCCUUCCAAAAAAAUAGUCCAGUUAAAUACUGUUCCUGCUUUGGUUGACAGUUUUUCUAAUUUGCCUGUGAAUAGUGAAGACUUUAAUGAGACUUCACUGAAUAAAAGUUUCCCUGUUGACAGAAAUGAUUCUGUUCUUGAAGACAAGAAGAGGAAGAAACUACAAACUUUACCAAGUUUGAAGCUGGCUACCUCAGAACUGGGUGCAUCAGGCUCUAUGGGGUUCUUGCAAGCAAUUACUACAUAUAGUAAGUCUUACUGCACUGAAGAGUCUUCUUAUGAAGACUUCUUUUCAUCAUCUAAUUCAAAUGAAAAUGAAGUACAGAUACAAGUACCAAAGGAAUCACACAAUCCUCCUGAAGUUUGUUGCAAUGACUCUCUUACAAGCAUGGACCUACAUGAUGUGAGUUUCUGUGAGCCACAUAACACUACUAAGAUGAGUAGGAAGAUGUCUAUUUCAAUAAAUUAUUUUCCAGUAAAGCAAAAAAUCAAACUGGCUAAACAUCCAGAAAGCAUACCAUUAAGUGUGUCAGGUGGUGAAAAAGAUUACACUGGAGAAGCUCUAGAUAUUGAUGAUGUGAACAGGCUGCUGCCACAGCAUGCUCAUGAAAAACCCUACAACAGUGUAACGGACUGUCCUCACUCUGCUGGUGGUGAAGAUGAAGUUUCAAAGUGUCAUGAUACUGAUGGCUCUUGCAAAAUUUUUAAUGAACAAAAGAAUGAGGACUCUGUGGACUUAAGAAAAGGUGGAAGACUCCAAAAGCCAACAAGGACACUAGUUAUGACAAGUAUGUCCUCUGAGAAGCAAAAUACAGUAAUUCAGGUCGUGAAGAAACUUGGAGACUUUUUGUUCUCAAAUGAAGUGUGUGAAACAACAAGUCAUGUAGUUACUGGGAGUCCUCGUCGUACCCUGAAUGUUAUGCUGGGAAUUGCUCGUGGGUGUUGGAUUGUUUCUUAUGAGUGGGUUCUGUGGUCUUUGGAAUUAGGCCAUUGGAUCUCAGAGGAACCAUAUGAGCUUUCAUCCAGCUUCCCUGCAGCUCCUGCUGAAAAACAACAACUCUUAAGGCUUCUCUUGGUAUGCUGUGUGCUUGUUGGGAUGUGUGGCCCCUCUACUAGUAAUGACUCUUCCAGACUUCUCUCUAAGACAUUUCUUGAAAAUUCAUUAAAGCAAUUUUGGUAAGUAUUUUUUCUUUAGUUUGGGAUAUGUAUAUUCUUACAAGUUUCCUAUGAAAAAUAAUAAAAUGCUAAAUAGUCAUUUCAAAUACAUAGAGAUUAUUUUAUGGAACUGUUCAGACAGUGACUAUUAAUUUACAUUCUUUAGGUUUAUAUAAAAUCAGAUCAUGAAGUAAUAUUAGAAAUAUUUUUUGUCUCUGCUACACUUAGUAAUGAUGACAUACAUUUUCAGUGAAGAAGAAUGGUGGUGUUGUGUGUGGUGGGGUACUCUGACAUCAGCUUUAAUGAUUGUCAGUAUAAAAUGGAGAGAUUUAUUCAAUCUUUCUCAAAACCACUUACUAUUUUCAAGAUAGAAACAUAGAAUCAUCAAGGUUGGGAGAGACCUACAAGAUCAUCCAGUCCAACUUCCACCCAACACUUCCACUGUAACCUGUAAACAGCAUCGCCCACCACAUCCAGAUGCCUCUUGAACACCUCUAGGGAUAGUGACUCCAUGACCUCUCUGGGCAACUUGUUCCAAUGCCUGACCACUGUAACAUUGAAAUUUUUUUUUCUAAUAUCUAAUCUGAAUCUGCCCUGUCUCAUGUAAAGGCCGUUUCUUCUGGGCCCAUGACUGCCAGCAGUGUAGAAGAGAGAUCAGACCCCACCUCACUACAACCUCCUUUCAGGUGAUUGUAGGGAGUGAUGAGGUCCCCUCCUGAGCCUCCUCUUCUCCAUCUAAACAACCCCAGAUCCCUCACUCCUCCUCGUACAAUAUUUUUUCUUGACCCUUCUCAAGCCUUGUUGCCCUUACAACACAUUUGUUAAGUUAACUGCUGGAAAUAUGUCUGGGGUUUUUGUUUUGUUUUGGGCUAAGUUCUUGCAUUGUAACUAAUUGAGUCAUCUCUAAAAUCAAAGUUUUACAAAAUAUUAGGCAGAGAAUAAGCAUGGGUAUUAAAAA